GUGCCUGGGCUCUCUGCCCUUCUAGUGCCUAUCUCCCCUCCUCUCCUCACCUCGCAUCGCUCCUUCCGAAGCUCCCUCUGCAAGUUCCAUCCCUGGCACCCUCUUGGAUCCCGCUACGAUCUGCCUGCUACUGCGCCUGCUGAUAUUCUACAGCUCCACCUUCCCCUCCCAUCAUCUCGAACUAGAUGCUGUGAUGCAGAUUUAGCUCUUACACAGCGUGGCAUCAUCUCAGUUGCUUUCAACUCCUGUUCUCAUCCCAACGUAAUCUUCAAAUAUUGCUCCGAUAUCUCUCCCGAGUCCUGGUCUCACCUGGUAUCUUCCUCAAUUCUUUGAUGCCCGUGCUCUGCCUUGCCUCCUGCAACAUCCACCAGGUCUACCCAUCGACAGUCUUCUCUUGACGUUUGGCCUCGAGCCCCGGUCUCUUCCCCUCACACUCGUUUACUGUUCCUGUCACUUGAUCAAGUGAAGGCCAUAAGCACCAGGUAGGUCAAACAAAGAACUGAUCCUCCCACGACAAUGAUGGACUCACAAAUAUCCAACCCCCUCCUCUCAUCCUUCGCCGACUCCCUCGAUGAGUCUCUGGCUAGCGACGCGGACCUCGAGAGGGGUGAGCUGCAUCCCCACAAGCCUGCCUCCCAUCCCGUGCGGAGGGUCUCUGCCCUCAGGAUCUUAUGCAUCGGACUAGCGCUUAUGGUCUCAGCCAGCCUCUACUUUGCGGUUCAGUUCGCUACCAUCAACGUGCGCCCUUGCGGGAGCACAAGCGUCAACGCAAGCCUGCCGGAAGUGCGCCUGAAGCGCAUGGUGCUUCCCUGGUUCUUCAACUGGAAGACUGCACAAGGCGUCGCCUCGGAUGCCAAGUACCUGUACUUCUCCGGACGAAACAGCAUUCGCAAGAUCAAGAUCGACAGGUUCGCAACGACUGUGCGGAACAACCCCAGCGCCAUCCCUCAGGAGCUCGUCGCCAACGACUACGAUCACCUCGGCGACAUCAGCAUGUACAAUGGCAAGAUCAUCGCGCCCGUCGAAGACAAGGCAUGGGUGAGGCCGAUCAUAGUCGAGUACGACCCCAAGAACCUCUCGGCGGUUAGGUCGCAGAGGGUGCCUUCGCAACGCCACCUGCCAUGGGCAGCAGUGAAGGAGGACGUGCUCUACUCCUCGGAGUCUCCGGUCGCUCGGGAGAUCAAGCGGUACCGGUGGCCGACCCUAGAGCCUCUCCCUCCUAUCAAAACCAACCGUGUUAUGAGGGAGGUGCAAGGGGGAUGCUUUGACAAGCGGGGAAGCGGGAACCUCUUGCUGUCUGCAAGCUAUGCGGAUGAGCAAGGAUGCAACAUGUACGAGUACGACAGCAAGACCUGGAAGCUCCGAAUCUUUACGAUCUUUUCCAAGCCAUCAUUGUGUUGGAUCGAGGACAACGAGAUUUGA